AGGAGGAAACAUGCCCUCCAGCCACGCGAGCUGCACCGAAGUUUCGGCGCAAUGCCCCGUCGAAGCAACCACACUGGGUUACUACCCUAAUCUAGGGGCGAAUAUAUUCUUCGUUGUGCUUUAUGCGCUCUGUACCAUAUUCACACUGGGUGUCGGAUUAUGGAAAAAGACCUGGGUGUUUGGCGUGGUGGUCUCUGCUGGAUUUGCGCUUGAGACUUGUGGAUACAUUGGCCGAGUCUUGAUGCAUUACAACCCCUGGUCCGACCCAGGCUUCAAACUAGAUCUCGUCUGCAUCAUCCUCGCACCAACCCUGAUCUGCGCGGGAAUCUAUCUCACCCUCAAACACGUUGCGCGCACCGUCGGUCCAGACUUUUCCCGUAUAACACCUCGCCUCUACACCUGGAUCUUCAUUCCCUUCGACGUCUUUUGUCUCUGUCUCCAAGGUGUAGGCGGCGGCGUCGACGCAGCAGCCUCCGACAAAACCCCCAUUGACGAAAAGACUCUCAAAACGGGCAACGAUAUCAUCAUCGCCGGUAUUGCGUUGCAAGUGGUCAAUUUGGCUGUCUUUGGGCUGCUGUCGUUGGAUUUCUUCGUUUCGGCUAUGAAGCAUUUCAAGAAUCCGUCAGAGAAGGUUAGGAAUUCGGCGAAUGCGCAGAUUUGGUAUUCGAGGCGGUUUCGGGUUUUUUGUUCCGCUAUUGCGUGUGCGUAUGCGGGGAUUUUGGUGAGAUGUAUUUAUCGUGUCGCCGAAAUGGCCGGUGGAUGGGGAAACUCCAUCAUGCGUAAUGAAGUCCUUUUCUACGUCCUCGAGGGAGCUAUGGUCCUCUACCCAGCCAUGCUCCUCACAAUCUUCGCCCCGGGAUUCUACUUCCCCGAAAUGGGAUCAUCCAAUGCUCUCCUCACUUCAUCUACCGAUACUGCAACCGGUACUGAGAAUAAUGCAGUGGUGAGUAAUGAAGGAUAUAAACCGGGGACGCCUGAAGAAGGAGCGGAGUCUUCGAACCAUUAAACUUGAUAGGAGCAUUUAGCCCUCCUUUUUGCUAUUCCCUUUUCUUCUGGAUAUCUUGACUUAUAUACG